UUCAUUUGCGACACGUGUGUACAAUCCUAGAAAUGAAAAUGUUGUUAUAUGCUUUCUUAAUGAAUCAAACUCAAAACGCAGAAAAGAGAAUGGAAAACGAAGAGGUCACGAUACCACGGUUAUUGCCAAGCAAAAUGACCUACCCACCUGGUUUUGACCCUAUUCGGAUGACUUCCGUGAAUGAUGUCAAAGUGUCAAAGAUUGUCAAAGAAAGUUUCAAUAAAACGUUUGGAAACACUUUGAAAUUUAACUCUGGGAAUGAGAUAAAAAGAUCGGUUAGGUUUACACCUUCCAACGUUAAGACAGAGUUAUUUGCCGAAGAAUAUGGCUAUACGCCUAGAUGCGUACACCACCGUGUAUUUGGAUCCGUAGGGUAAUAUUGUGGAUUCCGAAGAAAUGAAUAAAAUCAUUCAAUCCAAGAAUGAUUAUGAAAAGAUCCCAAUAAAAUCCAAAAAGAGGCAAGAGACACGAAAUGAAGGACUUAAAAUGAGGCAAGAUCGCAGAAAGCCGGCGAUGCUACUCGACAGAUAUUUCGGAGAUACGCCUUGGAUCGAUUAAAAGGCACACACUUUGAGUUCUGCGCCAAGAUUAAUGAAUAAGAAGAUAAGUGAAGUGAAGGCCUGCUAUUGCUAUUUGGUUGGAAGUUUAGGGAGCAAUGCACAACAAGUUUUUUUGAGCAUCUUUAGUAACAUUUGCAAGAGUGCUGAUGUACCUCCUGUAGCCGUCGGAAGACCACCAACAAAGUGUUUAUAAGAUGGUCCUAGAGGCGAGCCGAUGCGCAUUCCGUGCUUGUACCGAUUCUGAGUGAAUGUCCACUAUAAGUGUUGAAACAUAUCACAAAUAGGAUAGGUGGUAUAUAAAGUAUGAGAUGAAAUGAUCCCGUGAUAAAGGCUGUACUCCUUUUAUCAAGGGAAUAAUCAAUAUCUAAUAAUCAU